AUGGCACCGUAUGUUGCGGCAAUCAUGGAUCCCACCGACGCCGUGAUACACCGCCUCGAGUGUCCGAGACUGCUCACGACAAGGUACGCUCAUCUCAAGGCCGACCACAAGAACCACCCGGAUGCAGGAGGGAUUAGAUACUUCUUCGCGCUUGACCUGGGGAAUUCCUUCCACGUCAUCCCACGCCUACUCGGCUCCAUUGUAGAAACGAUCAUGUUCCUGGGACCAUCGGUCUGCGCACUGUCAAUCGUCGUGGGCAAGUCAAACGACGCUACCUUGAACGUCCUAGAGGCUCUGCGCCCCGAGCUCGACGAUCUGGGACUUAGAUAUUUCCUGUACUCGAGCCGUAUUGACCCCGGAUCCGGCGAUCGCACAGUCCAAAUGGCAGCGCUUCGCAAUCUGGCCCUUGCGCCACUCGAGGAACCUGCUCUAGGUGCCAAUGCAAACACGACUGUCGUCUUUCUCGGCGAUGUGGCCAUCUGCAUGGAUGACAUUCUGGAAUUGGUUCAUCAACGCAUCUUCCUGGGCGCCGACAUGACGUGCGCACUGGAUUGGGAGUAUCUCGGUCAAGACCCAACGUUCAAGGGCAUUCGCGUGUCGCGAACGAUGAAGGGCGAGACCUUCUUUCAGAUUCCACCUGACGGGAGCUGGGAUUGGGCAUGGAACUUGUUUUGGAAUGACCCAUACAGCCGUGAAAAGCUUACAAAUAAGCUGCCAUUCCAGGUGUACUCCUGCUGGAAUGGGGCGGUGGCGUUUAGGGCCGCACCGAUACUGAGGUUUUCGUCGGUGGAAGAAGAUGGCCACGGGGGUAAUGAUGUCGGGAAGACGCAGGCAGAAAAGAUUUCGUUCCGCAGCUCUAGAGAAGGCGAGUGCAGUAAUGAGGAACCAGCGCUCUUCUGCAAAGACCUCUGGAAUUCUGGCCACGGCAAGAUCGCCGUGGUGCCGUCAAUCAAUCUCGAGUACUCAGAUGACGCGGCUAGGAGAAUCAAGGACCUCGAAGGGUAUACAUCGAAAUGGAUCAACAAGUGGGGUGAUGAUGCCUUGAGGAUAGACUGGGAAGACGAGCCGCCAGCCAAAGUGAAAUGUAUUGCUCAAGACUGGAAGAACCAGGACUGGCGACCGUGGAACGAGACAAUGGUAUAA